CCCAGGUGGCAUUGCGAGCGGUCUGUUUCUAGGUGUCUAGCAACAGCUAUCAGCCCAGACAGCCGGCGGCAACGGGAGCGGAAUUUCUCGGUGUGUCUUUCCACGAUUAUACGCUGCCGGGUAUCCAUAAUUAAUAGUCAAUUGGCUGAAAAUAGGGAAAGAAACAACCCUGAACCCUGCACAGAGAUAUGAGCGGCAGCGGGCGGCCCAGGACCAGCUCGUUUGCUGAGCCGCCAGGUGUUCCAGGAAUCGCCGCUGCGUCCACCGGAUCAGCCGCUGCCGUGGGGAGCAGCACAGGAAAGUCCGGGGUCCCGCAGGCCUCCGGCAGCAGCUCGUCGGGAUGCUCGAACCUUAAGCUUGCCAGAGACAGCGGGAAGGUGACGACCGUUGUGGCCACCCCAGGUCAGGGACCGGACCGCCCACAUGAAGUCUCUUACACUGACAUCAAGGUGAUCGGCAAUGGAUCGUUUGGUGUGGUGUACCAAGCUCGCCUCAUCAACAGCCAAGAGAUGGUGGCCAUUAAGAAGGUUCUGCAGGACAAGAGGUUCAAGAAUCGGGAACUGCAGAUCAUGAGGAAGCUGGACCACUGCAACAUCGUCCGGCUACGUUACUUCUUCUACUCCAGUGGAGAGAAGAAGGAUGAAGUGUAUCUCAACCUGGUGCUGGACUUUGUCCCUGAGACGGUCUACAGGGUCGCCAGGCAUUUUAACAAGGCCAAGAGCAUCAUUCCUAUCAUAUAUGUGAAGGUGUACAUGUACCAGUUGUUUCGUAGUCUGGCAUACAUCCAUUCCCAGGGCGUGUGUCACAGAGACAUCAAGCCCCAAAACCUGCUUGUCGACCCAGAAACUGCCAUCCUCAAGCUGUGUGACUUUGGCAGCGCCAAGCAGCUGGUCCGUGGAGAGCCCAACGUGUCGUAUAUCUGCUCUCGGUAUUAUCGUGCCCCCGAGCUCAUUUUCGGUGCCACGGACUACACGGCAAACAUUGACAUCUGGUCAGCAGGCUGCGUCCUGGCUGAGCUGCUGCUCGGACAACCCAUAUUCCCCGGUGACAGCGGGGUGGACCAGCUUGUCGAGAUUAUCAAGGUGCUGGGAACCCCAACAAGGGAACAAAUCCGAGAGAUGAACCCAAACUACACAGAAUUCAAGUUUCCUCAGAUCAAAGCUCAUCCAUGGACCAAGGUGUUUAAACCUCGCACCCCUCCGGAGGCCAUUGCCCUUUGCUCCCGGCUGCUGGAGUACACGCCGGCCUCGCGGUUCUCCCCACUAGAGGCCUGUUCGCACGCCUUCUUCGACGAGCUGCGCCAGCCAAACACACGACUGCCCAGCGGCAGAGAACUGCCGAUGCUCUUCAACUUCAGCACCACAGAGCUGUCCAUCCAGCCCCAGCUGAACUCGACCCUCAUUCCUCCUCACGCUCGCUCUCACACAGCUGCUUCCGCCCACGAUGGUUCCGAUUCGUCUCAACACAGUUCAGUACCAGGAUCUCUUAACAGCAUCUGAAGCAGCUUCUCACCUGCGAGCCUCACCCUUAUCUAUUUUCACACACACACACACACACACACACACACACACACACUCUACUGCUUUCCUCCAUGCUGCUUGCUCUCCUCUUAGAUGAUCUGUUUUUGUACAGUAAAUGUAUUGAACAAACAAACAUUAGAUCUUUAGCUGCCAGCUGUCGAAACUACGUCAGGUGAUUGUUAAACACACACACACACACACACACACACACACACACACACACACACACACACAGUUGUCUCGCUGCUGCUCAGGUGGUCUGUGAAGGUUCAAUAGUUGGGGCUGGUCCUCUGUAAUAUAACCUUUUUUUUUUUUUUCUCAACUUUUUUCUUCUUUAUAAUUGUGUUUAAUUUAUUUGACUAAUAGAACGCAUCAUGUGGUCUCAAAACAUUUUGUCACCAGAGUUUUAUUUUAUUUGUUAUUACACCUAAGAUUCUUCUUUUUUUUUAAAUUUUAUAUAUUCUUCAUUGUUUUUUUUCUUUGCAUCUGAACUGUACACUGCCUGACCGAGAUCAGAAGUAGCCUGUAGGUCAUCAGGGUAGAGGACGUUUUGUUCAACUCAAAGCGGGAGAGCCGAUGCUGGGGACGAUAAAUUCCUUCAUCCUCCAGCCACGUUAUUUUAACCAAUCCAGCCUGAUGGUAGGGUUUAAAUUAAUCUUCCACGUCUUGAUUAUUCACACGCUCAAGUGACGGGUAGAGUAGAAAACCUCAUCAGGAGAUAGUUCUCAAUGUUUGGUCGGAGGUGAUUUGGGCUUCAGUGGCUCCCUUACUGCAUACAGACCAGACUGGAAACCUUCCACCUGUCCUGCUUGUUUCCUGAUCUAGAGAGUUUUGCCUGGUAAAAGCGUGAAAUAUUCCACGUAGAAAACAGUUCCCCUACAUGACCACAGUUAUCGUAUAAAAAUAUAGGUUAGAUAUUUCCAGCUUUUAUCAGUGAUUUUUGUUGGACUUAUUCCCACAUCAUCCGGGAGGUCAGAGGUGUUCAUUUGUCUGGACACCUCUGACCUUUGAAUAUCCCCCAACUCCUGCUUUUCUUCUUCACCUCCAAACUUAGUUUGGACCUGUAAAUGUGGGUUGUGAAGACAUUGUGCGGCUCGGCUUUAAGCAGAUCUAGAAAACGAGCCUUUUGAAACGGAGCAAACUAAUUCCAAUCGUAGUCGUGUAAAUAUUAGUACAUCACUGGACGCCGCUCGGUACGCUGCUUGCUCUUUGUCCUACCAGGUAGUUAGUAGUUCACGAUUAGAUUAAAACCCAUCAGUGCUCUGGAACUGCUGUCCCAGGUCACCGCAGCACUAGAAACGUAAACAGAUUUUGAUGCUCGUCUAAGAAACUAGAGCUUCUGUAUCACGACCAUCAAUGCUUCUUAAAGAAACUUUCCCCAGAAUUUACUUGCUGAAGAAAAUAUCAAAUCUAGGCCCCUUUUAAACCAAACGGGAGUAAAAGAAAGAAGCCGGACAGCCUUCACUGCUGGAAAUGAGUGAGUGUAGAUUACUGUGGGGGGAAGCGGCUGUUUUGAGACGUGUCUGUAAAGGUGUGUUCCAUGAAAAUCUGGCUUGAUUUUUUUAUUGAAUUUUUUGUUACAAAAAAAAUAGAUUUUCUUUUUUCAUUUGAGACUUUUAAAACGGAACAAACGUUCAGGAAAAUAAAAUGUUUGAAUCGGGGCAGAUGCCCUCUCAAACAGUUGCUGCUUUUAAAAAGCCUGAAAUAGUUUUAAGAUAAAUGACUAAUUUCAAAGCUGUGGCCAGUAUUAAAAUGUGGUCAAUAUGGUUACUUAAACCUGGGCCCUAUUUUAUCAUGUUUGUGUGUUGAUUGGGACAAAAUCUAUCGGAACUUUUUGAAGUCGCUCCAGCAUUGAGCGAGAGUGCUCAAAGGUCUGCAAAGUAAUGUUUUUUAAUCUGCCGAGAGCUGAAACUGGACUGAGAGUUGGAAAGAGGAUUGCCGGGAAGACUUUGUUGUGUCUGAUUGCAGAAAACGUGACUUAUUGUUCAUCCAAAAGAUUUUCUAUGUCGCUACUGAACAUUUAGCUAAUCGGUGACGACGUGGAUCCGGCCGGACCCUCGAAGUGCAAACAGACCGAAUCAAGAGAGGGGUAAAGAAAAAAAAAAGGUUGUAUUUCUCUGUCGGAUAUUAUUUUUCCCAUAAUGUUGUGAGACACUUAUGGUAACAACGCAAGCCCGUUUAGUGGCCGUACAUUGAGUUGACCCGAGCCGGUACAUUGCAGCCCGGUUCAGGACUCUCUCCCUCAAGACUGGAGCAUUUUCAAAGUCUUGAUUGGAUGCGAGUUUAUUUCGUCCGAAGAGGGCUUUGAAAUGGCGGCUUCUUUAGCGAUCUGUAGGUUCUCUGUAUAAAAACUCCAAUAUCUCUGAGGGCAACUCGACGUGAACACAGAAGCGGAGCAGAACGGAAGGCUUCGUGUGAAGAGCCGUCCGACGUGGUCGUGCGCUCCCUUGUACUUCUAUCUUUUGAAAGGGCCGAUUUUGAAUUGUACCCCAAAAAAAGAGCAGUUGGGGGUCAAGGUCAACUUGGGGUCAUGGGACAGAGAAUGUAUUAUCUCAAGAACAGAAGUCGGAACAGUGUUUUUUGGUGUUAGAGCAGUCAACAAUACAGAUGUUUAGUAAGCAGUACAGGCCACGUGAAAGUGAGUAGUAUAGUGAUACUAUUGCUCCAUGCCUCCACCUGCAGUUUCUACACUGCAGCCAUGUUUGCUCUUCUUUUUUUUUUAUUCCACCACAUUGGGCACAUUCACAUUGAUUUUUAUACGAGGAGAGUGGAGAGCAUCUUUCAUUCUCUUUCCCACCAACGUUUCCCCCCCAAAAGCUCACCUGCCAAUCCUGCGGGGCUCAUUCUGCUUUCGUUGCUGUCCAGAGUGCAAAGCCGCCUGUUCGAUUCCCUCUGCAGGGCGCGUUCACACUCAGAGCCGUCAGUCCCUCUGUGGCCAUGAAAAGGUGUGACCCGGCGGGAGGAAUCUGAAGCGCCGGCCGAUUGGCCUCGAAUCUCAGAAGCUCCACUCACUCUCCCUCUCUGUUCGCACGUGUAAAUACCACUGAUUUUUAUUUUCAUCUUUUUACUUUUUAUGACAGAGUUGUUUAUAUCUUAUCUCUCCUCAUCCCGCCGAUGAAGCAGUCUUAGUUUGUGCAUUUUUGUAAAUAAGUUUCUUUUAUUUUUCACAAUUCAAAAUGUAAAUACUGCAAAGGGAAAAAAAGAAAAAAAAAUCAGCCCCAUGUUUGUUGAUGACCCCCUUCCC